AUGUUCUCCACCAACCUCUGCUUGGAGAGUAUGGUGGGCCCGAGCCUGAGCCAGUCAGCCGUCUCGGCGUCCGAGGUCCUCACCCCCGUACAGGUUCCCGUUAUCAGUCCGACUGCCACCAGUAUAGAACUGGACGAUAAGGAGAAAUUCCCUUACUUCAUGAGGACAGCAUCCUCGGACAAGAGCCAAGCACAGGCUAUGGUGGAACUGUUGGUAGUUCUCGGCUGGACGUAUGUGUCAACGGUGGCGUCAGCGGACAGCUAUGGGCGGAUGGGCAUCGCAGAGUUCACUCGUGCGGCAAAGGAUGCCAGCAUCUGUGUGGCGGUGUCCGUAGAAGUGUCCAACACGGCCCGCGGGGCGGCGUACUUCGGCCCGAUCCUCAACCAGCUCCUCACCAAGGCCGAGGACGGGGCGGUCGGCGUGGUGGCCUUCCUACACGACUUCAACUUCCAGCGGAUCAUGGAGGUGGCCGUGGCGGAGGGAGACCGUGCUAAGGUACUGACAUGGAUUGUGUCUGAAGGCGUGGGUCCGGACCAGACCGUGGUGCAGGGGUACGGAUCUCACGCCCGUGGUAUGGUCACAGUCCGGCCGUCCUUCUCUGUCAUACAGGAGUUUCAACAACACAUGGAGACUCAACACGCUGUCAAUCGCCGAGGAAUCAACCCCUGGUUCCCAGAGUACUACAUGGAACUGCUUCAGUGUAGGAUUAACCACAGGUCCAUCGACUACACAGCCAGAAAAUAUGUCAGGUUUGCCGCCCUGCCAGAAUGCGACUCUCUGAUCAUGUCGAGCGGCUUCAACCAGACGUUCGUGGCCAGUAAGACCAUCGACGCCGUCUACGCCUUCGCGUACGCGAUGAGGGCGGCACAGGCGGAUCUCUGCGGGCCCAACCCGUCUGGGCUGUGCGAUGAGAUGCGCAGGAUGACACAGGAGGAGUUUUUCCGGUACCUGCAGGACGUGUAUUUCACGGGACUUGGCGGAAACACUGUCCGGUUUGACGAGACCGGAAAUGUGGAGGCGGCGUACGAUCUCUUCAACUAUGUGGACACGGACAACGAUGGGGAAGGCGACACUUUCAACAGAGGACGUUUAUGA